CAAUAUACCUACAUCCAAAAUUCAUUUAACGAGGGUGACUUCCCUGUCUUCGAUGGACAAUCACAGGAAUAUAUCGGUUUUGGAGAUUACGAUUACAAUAAUCAAAUGACAUCUCUGAAUUAUUCCGUAGCCCCGGAAGAUCAAUACCCUCAAUUC